AUGGGAAAUUCCAUCGCACAGACCAGUUAUCCUAAAGAUUAUUUCCGGAAUCCACUGGACAUUCCUAUUACACUUGCCGGAAAUUUCGGCGAAUGCAGGCCCGGUCAUUUCCACAGUGGCAUAGAUAUUAAAACCGCAGGCCGGGAAAACCUUCCUGUAUUUGCCGCUGCCGAAGGUUAUAUCUCGAGGAUCAAAAUGGAGCCCGGCGGUUUUGGCCAUGGCCUAUACAUCACCCACCCAAAUGGUUACACCACUUUAUAUGCACAUCUGAACAAUUUUACCCCUGCUAUACAGCAAUAUGUGCGACAAGAGCAAUAUAAAAAGGAAAGCUGGACG